AAAAAUCGGUGUCCUUUGAGAAAUCAGUAUCCUUUAGCGACGACAUACAAGGAAUACCAAAAUCGCAUAGUCCACAACAUGCCGCCGAUACAAAACCAACCAAACCAGCCAUAAAAUCAUCAACCUUACCUCGUACAUCAUCACAAGAACGAGAUCGUAUAAAGCCACCACCUCCUCCAAAGCCAUUGGUCUUGGCUCAAACACAUCAGAGUUAUCGUGCAGAUAUAGCGCUUGCUCCAGAAGUGUAUAAUCACUUACGUGGUCUACAGAAGAAAGCUAAGGAUUUGCGCAUGGAAGUGCGUACUCUAAGACGUUUAUCACAGGCUCAAGCCGUUGCAGUACGUGAAGAUAUUAAAGGCGCAUUUAUGAGAAUACGUGCCACAUUAUUGGCUAGUAGUGGCAGUAAUUGGGGACAUCCCGGCGAUCAGGAUACAACACGUAUUUCACGCGAAGAGGAACUUUAUAAACAGGAAGUUAUACGAUUAGAAAAGGAUUUAAGCGAUUUGGAGACAUCUGUAGAGAGUCUGCGUGGAGAAGUUAUAAAUCGUAGAACACGUGUCAAUAUGACAGCCGUAGAGGAUAUGGCACUCGUUUUGAGCAGAGCAAGUAAAACUGUUGCUGAACUUAAGAUGAGAUUUCCCGCUCUAUCAAAUGGAUUGCGUUGUAUCAUAUCGAAUGAAAUGGAAAAAGUAGUGCGUGAAGAAAAGUUCCUUAAAGAAGAGCCUGAUAGACUUGAGUCUGCUCUUAGGCGUUGUAAAAAGUUAACCGGCACUUUAGUAACUCUUAAAAGAUUGGCGAGUGUGCAAGAACAACGUCUUCCACCAAAUGAGCCACAAAUCAAUGAGGAACCUCCACGUUCCGCAGAAAUCUCCUCAGCCGAUAAGCCAAUCCCAACUCCCAGGAUGGGGUCGUUCACUGUCAGCGGGGGACCCCCACCCGAAAACGCACUCGAUGCUUUGCUAGAUGAAUUACAGACAUUCUCAAAGCCACUAAUACAAAAUAAUGAGAUACAGAUACGUCCUGACGAUUCUGCAUCUGAUGAAAGUGCACAAGGUGUACAAAGUACAGUAACUACUCAAAUGUCCCAAGCAAGACUUUACAUACAAAAUGACACAAAUCUUCAACAACUCCAACAGCUCCAACCACAAAUACAACAAAUACAACAACUUCAACAACAGCAACAAUUGCAACAAGCACAACAGCUGCCAAUAGGAAUUGUCGGCACCAACAACAUACAAAAUCGCAUCUUAAGCAACAGUAACAAUAGCAACAACACCGUAACUUACUUGCAACACUCGAAUGUGGGCAGUUUGCGUCGCUUACACUCCUACACCAGUGGCUCCGAUGCUGACAUCUCGCCUACUCAAAAUAACAGAUCAGUCGGCAAGCCACCAGUGCCAGAACGCAAUGCAGAGCUCAUAUCUAAAGUAGGAAAUAAGCGCAUACCACCACCACCACCCCCACGUACCAGCUCCCGCAGUCCACUGGCAAGUCCCACUAGCGCAAAUGCACCACAACAGCUUGCAAUUUUGAGCGAAUCUGACAGUUCCAUCAAGGAAAGCAUUGCUGAGUGCAAUAGCGGAAAUUCAAGCGGCAACGAAUCUGGCAACGAUCACGUACAGCGACAGGCAGCACUUGAGAAACGCCACCAGGAAUUAUUGAAAAAACAAAAACAAUUACAAGAACAAUAUCAACGCUUGCAGCAAAUGAGUAAAAUUUCUGGUGUUGAGGUGGCACCAAAUGCAGGUGGUACUGAUGCCAAUGGUGCUGAAGUAUUACAAAAAAUGGGCAGCGAAACGAACUUACAAUACAAUAACACAGAUUUAUCUAUAACCACAAAUGUAGGCAUUGAACAGAAUGUGAAUUCCAUAGACAAUGGCGUGGCAGUGGAGAAAUUACAAAGUAAAAUCAUAAUUCGGCAAUCGAAAGAGGUUACAGGCAACGCUGAUGCACAACUUGCAACUGGCGGCACCACAACAAAACAAGUCUACGAGACUGAGAUACUUUAACGAAAAUCGGUGCUGACGUGGCUUGAAACCGAAAUCGAUAUUUAAGCGAUAUUAUCGAUAUUAAAUGAUAAUAAAUCAUCUUCUUUCAUAUAUAACUGCGAAACAGGACUAGAGAUUCUAGUGAAUUAUAAACCCAGUUACCAUAUUUACAGCAAAUACAGUAAUUAUAUUUAUAUACAAUGCGAUUUAUGCAUAC